AUGACUUCAACUGCAACUUUAGUCAAUUUACACUGCAACAAAAACGGUACACCUGAUCUUAGUUUGAAACUUACAGCAACUGGGUUUGACUCUUCUCAAUCUGUUACUAAAAAAAACUUGGAACCAAUCAAAUCCAUUCGUGAACAGGUAUCAAAUUUACUUGACAAAGUCAAAUCGAUUGAUCAUAAGCUUGAGGAUGUAUCUAAUGAAGUAGUUGACUACAUUAACAAUAAAUCGUUGAAAGAAAAGGGCAAUAUUUGUGUUAUAGAAGAAAUAGUUCAACAAUUGAUUGAUAGAGUGGAUGAAGAUUAUUUCGAUUUUUAUGGCAAACUGAUCAAACAUGUCGUUUUAAAUAUUGAUCCAAAAAUAAGUUAUAAUGUGAGCAGAUCGCCAUCAUGCAAAGAAGGAGGCAAAGGAAUGGUGGGAGAAGAAGAAUAUUAUAAAGGUGAUAGACUAUUCAAGAAAAUACUAUUUGAGAGGUUGGAAAAAGAACUUGAAGAUGGUAUGAAUCUAGAUUCAAUCUUAUUAUCAAACGAAUUUUGUAACAAUGAAGGUGGGGAUGAUGAAUGUAAUCAAGAGGAAUUGAUGAAAAAUAAAAAGUUCCUAUAUUUGUUGAGCAAGGAAAAAAAUCGUUAUAUUGGACUCAUUUAUAUGAUGUGUGAAUCUUUGAAAUUAAAUAUUAAUGGCGGGGUACUUGUCUGUUCAACUGUCUUGAGAUUAUUCAAUACUAUCAAAAAUAAACUUAAUCAUGAUGUUGAUGUUGAUGUUGAAUAUUUGGAAACUUGGAAACAAGAAUUCAAAAGAAAAGUAUUCAUUGACAUUUACUUAGAGUGCAUUUGUGUAAUCAUGUAUAAUGUUGGAAAAUUGUUAUGUUCUGAUGAAUUAUAUAAUCCUAUUAUGGAGCAUUUCUUUUUAGAAUUGUAUUUUUUGAAUAAAUGGAAUAAAUUGAAUACUGAAAUCAAAGAGAUUAUAGAUGAAAUGAUUGAGUAUAAUUGGUCAAGAGACUCCAAAAUUAAAGCUAAAUUAUCGAAAUCUAAACGUGCUAGAAUAAUCAAUUUCAG